AUCUUCGUGUUUCCCUGUAUUUUGCUUGGAAAUAGUGUUUUCAUAUUAUGGCAGGGUCGUGGUAAAAUCCUCCACCACGGGACAUUGAUUGCUUAUAGCUACCAAAUAAGCAGAUUUAAUCUUAAAUUCUUGCAUGGUGAUUUCUCUGAUGGGUUUCCUUCGCUGCUUUAAGAAUCUUUUCACUGGAAGAUUGAACUUUGUUUGUUCACGGGUAACAAUAGAAUGGUGUACGAUAACUUGGUAUUCUUAUUGCGUCUAAAGUUCCCAUAGCUAAAACAAAGGGAUCCUUUGUAAAUCAUCCAGAUGAGAUUUUUGUUUGUUUGUUUGAUUGAUUUUUUUUUUCCUUGUUCCGUAUGGUUGUGGGUCAAACAUAAAUUGUGAACCAAAAACCUCCAAUUUCAUCACUCAGGAUAAAGCCGUCGAUAUAUAUUAAACUAAAAGCCAGAAACUGCAAACACGAACAGAAGAGAGGAAAGUCUCCAAAUGGCCACACAAAACACAUCAAUGUCGGCUCUGGCCUCCCAAAUAUGCAACCAAAUAGCGUUAAUCUUCUCCAAGCCCACCGGCCUACACCCUCCACCACUAGAUCUCAUGGUGGCCGAACUGACCAACAUAGCCACCCAAAACGGCCGUGUCUUCCUCUACGGAGUAGGUCGGGAAGGCCUCAUGCUUAAGGCACUAUGCAUGCGCUUAGCUCACCUGGGUCUCUCUGCCCACUUCGUUUUCGACAUGACUACUCCCCCUAUCUCCGCUUCCGACCUCCUUAUCGCCUCUGCUGGGCCCGGAGGAUUCUCCACCGUUGAUGCCAUAUGCUCCGUGGCACGAACCCAUGGUGCCAGAGUUUUGCUGCUGACAGCUCAGCCUGAGAGUGGAUCUUGUGUGAAGCAUGCUAGUGUUGUGGGUUAUGUGGCUGCGCAAACAAUGGCAGAUGAUGGUGGUGAAGAAGAAAGAGAGAAAUCUCGGCCUUUGAUGCCGAUGGGGAGUGUGUAUGAAGGAGCCAUGUUUGUGUUGUUUGAGAUGGUGGUUUAUAAGUUGGGUGAAGUGUUGGGACAAAGCCCAGAGACCGUCCGAUCUCGCCAUACCAAUCUGGAAUGAGCGUGUUAUCCAUAGUUAAUCACCGUCGCUGUACUGAUAGUUUGAUAGUUGUCCAGUUUGUGCUUGGCUUUUUCACCAAGUUUUCUACUGUAAUUUCCUUUCAUUGUAAUGCAUGCUUUAUAUCUCCUCAUUGGCUCUUGGAAGUAGUAAUAUUCAGGAUAGUCUUUUUGGCAAACAAUAAACAAUGUCAGUAGGAGUAGCAGUCCCAAUGGCUAACUCGACGGCUGGACCGUGGGUCCAUCAAAACACAACCAUGAGUGAUAAGCCCAGACCCAGGUGAA